GAAACCGAGAAAUCCUCUCCAUUUGUCUCCUCGCCUUCUGCAGGGCCCAUCCUCUCCGAGCCCUCUUGCUGGCUGUGCUGUGCCUUCACUGUAAUAGGAAAAAAAAAAAAAGAAAGAAAAAAACCCUAGAUCCCCAAAUUCUAUUUUUACCCUAACAUCAAAAAUUAGAAUUACGUAUACGAUCUAAUAUUAGUAAUUAUAGUAAUGGCGCAAGAUUCUGAAGUGGAACCUGCAUCGGAAACCCUAGAUCAAUCUUCUUCUUCUUCUCCUUCUUCUUCGUCAGAUCCAUCGCUUUCCCGGAAUGAGUCCUUCAGUAAACUCAACGCGCAGGCUCCUGAGUUUGUCCCCACUCGCCCACAACAACAGCGGCCGCCGCCACCUCCUCCUUCCCCUUCUGCUGCCAUGAUGCAUAUCUAUCCUCCGCCUCCUCCCUCGCCGUUUCAUGUUCCGAUUCAUAGCCCUGUGCCUGUGCCUCACGUGAUCCCUAUCCAGAAUCAUCAUGUGCACCACCACCAUCCCCACCUCCAGCACCAGUAUCAGCAUCAUAAUCAGCAGUACCCUCCAGUUCGGAACCAUAGCAAUCAUCAUCAUGGUCAGAAUAGUCACUAUGUGCCUCUGCAGUACCAUGGGAAUCAAAAUCACUUUGCUUCCAAAAAGGGGCAGUCGGAGGAAGAUAUGGAGGUGGCUGCGAAGAAGGAUAUAGCAUCAUCAGAUCAUGCGUCCAAACAUGAAAGAGCUGGGCUUUCUGAUGAGACUGUGCAGAAACUUUUGAAUCAAGUGGAGUACUAUUUCAGUGAUCUAAAUUUGGUGACAACUGAUCAUUUGAUGAGGUUUAUACACAAGGAUCCUGAUGGAUAUGUUCCAAUAUCUGUUGUUGCUUCCUUUAAGAAGGUCAAAGCUGCUAUAAAUAGUAAUUCGCAACUUGCUUCCAUCCUGCGGAAUUCAUCAAAACUCGUAGUUAGUGAAGAUGGAAAGAAAGUUAGACGUCAACAUCCUUUAACCGAGUUGGAUGUGGAAGAGUUGCAAUCUCGUAUAGUCGUUGCUGAAAACUUGCCUGAAGAUCAUUGUCACCAAAACCUCAUGAAGAUAUUCUCUGCAGUUGGAAGUGUGAAGACCAUCCGUACCUGUCCACCUCAAACUUCUGGUGGUGGAGCCUCUUCAGCAUCCAGAUCCACUAAAGCUGAUGGAAUGCAUUUCAGUAACAAGUUGCAUGCUUUUGUGGAAUAUGAGUCUGUUGAGCUAGCUGAGAAAGCAGUUAUUGAGCUAAAUGAUGAGGAGAACUGGAGUGGUCUUAAAGUUCGGUUGAUGCUAAAACGGACGUCAAAACCUACUCAAGCUCGGGGAAAGAAGGGGCAUGAUGGGCAAGAGGAAGAUGAGGCUUGUACGUCUGAGAAACAGCUGAAUGAAAAACAGAAUGAAGAUUCAUCCCAACAAUAUGAUGCUCAUUCACAUGAACCCACUGGAGAGGAUCAUGUGAAUGACAAGGAUGGUACACAUAGGAAAGGGCGCAAUCGGGGUCGAGGCAAGGGACGUGGGAGGGCUCAAUACCAUCAUAAUAACCGUGGAAAUCCUGUGGGAACUCCCCCUUCAACUAAUCCAGUUAAUGGUGAGCAGCCAGGUAUAGCGAAGCAACCUCCAGGGCCCCGUAUGCCCGAUGGCACAAGAGGAUUUGCUAUGGGUCGGGGGAAGCCGGUUGCUGUUAAUAUUGCUUGAUAACGUCUUCUUCAAGGUUGGGGAUUCUACCUGGGAUUGAAGGAAUGGCGAGGUUUUUCUAAGGGCUGAGUAGUUGGUAAGGAUCAAAUUAGCAAUAUUUUUAGCUGUUUGCAUUUUUAUUUUCAUAUGGAUGUUGCAGAACAAACAACUUUUUUUUUUUAAAUUUUAUUUUAGAAGAUUUCCUAUCACCUUAGUUUGUAUGCUGUAGAAAUGGAAAAAGUUGUAAUCCAUGGUGGGAAGUCAGCGAUAUUUAUAGAUAUAAUGUGAGGCAGACUUUGAUAUUUUGCAAUAAGAACUACCAAUUACAUGA